UCUGAGCGUUAGUCCUCUCAUACGUAUUUUCCGGUUUAGACGCGCGUGUAUCCUUACGUGUUGUUAUUAUUUUUGUUUUUAUUUUUAUUAUAUUUUACAUAUUUCACUAUAAUAUUUGCUAAAAAAACAAAAAAUAAUUAUGAAUUAAUAAUGAUGAUGAUAAUAUGAUCACCGCGAACAAAAGUCUGUCAGACACUAGUGCGUGAUCGGUUUCGUCGUAUAUAUAUAUAUUCUAACGUGAACACGGAUAGCCCAAUAUUUCAACAUGCAAUUUUUGCCAUGGCUGUUAAUAUUUGGGUCAAUUAUUAUAUCUGACGCCGAACAUGAUAUACAAAAACGAGAAACAUCUAAUCAAAAGAAGGUAGUGUGUUACUACACGAACUGGAGUGUUUACAGACCAGGCACGGCCAAGUUUUCACCGCAAAACAUUAACCCGUACUUGUGUACUCAUUUGAUUUACGCGUUCGGUGGUCUUGACAAGGAAAAUGGAUUGCGUCCUUAUGAUAAGUAUCAAGAUAUUGAACAAGGUGGUUACGCUAAAUUUAACGGACUGAAAACUUAUAACAAAAAUCUCAAAACGCUUCUGGCAAUUGGAGGAUGGAAUGAAGGUUCCGCUAGGUUCUCGAAAUUGGUAGACGAUGAAGAUAAAAGAAAAGAAUUCGUGAAAAAUGUUAUUAAAUUUCUCAGGCAAAAUAAUUUUGAUGGUCUUGACUUGGAUUGGGAGUACCCUGCCUAUAGAGAUGGUAGUAAGCCCAGUGACAAAGAAAACUAUGCGUCCUUAGUUAAGGAAUUAAGAGAAGAGUUUAAUAGAGAAUCAUCAAAAACGGGCCGAUCUAGGUUGCUUCUGACUAUGGCAGUCCCAGCUGGUAUCGAGUACAUUGAUAAGGGAUAUGACAUUCCUGAGCUAAAUAAGCAUUUGGACUUUAUGAAUUUACUGACAUACGAUUAUCAUUCAUCAUUUGAACCAGCAGUGAAUCACCAUUCUCCACUCUAUCCUUUGGAAGAAGAUUCAGAAUAUAACUUUGACGCAAAACUUAAUAUAGAUCAUACAAUCAAACAUUAUCUUGCUGCUGGAGCUGAUAAAGAAAAACUGGUCCUUGGUAUUCCAACUUACGGUAGAUCGUAUACGCUCUUUAAUCGAGAAAGUAAGGACAUAGGCGCUCCAUCAGAUGGUCCUGGAGAAAAGGGAGAAGCCACUAGAGAAAAAGGAUACUUGGCCUACUAUGAGAUUUGUGGAAAUUUGAAAAAAGAUGACUCCUGGACUAUUGAACAGCCAAAACCAAAAGCAAUGGGACCUUAUGCAUACAAAGAUAAUCAAUGGGUUGGAUAUGAUGACGAAGAAUUCGUUAAAUUAAAGGCUAAAUAUGUAAAUGAAAACGAUUUGGGAGGUAUAAUGUUUUGGUCGAUUGACAACGAUGACUUUAGGGGAAGUUGUCAUAGUAGACCGUACCCACUAAUUGAAGCAGGAAAAGAAGCUCUACUUGGUGAUUCGAAAGUAGCACCAAGUCAAGGAAAAGAAACUAAAACUACCUUAUCCAAAUCCCGACCAAAACCAAGACCAGUUGCAAGAACUACUACUACAUCAGCACCACAAGAAAAGUCAGGAGUGUCUACAACUACACCAGAACCACCUACUACACCCGAUACUGGAACUGAUUUCACCUGUAAGGAUGAAGGAUUCUUUCCACAUCCACGUGAAUGCAAAAAGUAUUUUUGGUGUUUGGACAGCGGUCCAUCAAAUUUAGGAAUUGUAGCUCACCAAUUUACAUGCCCUUCGGGAUUAGUGUUCAAUAAAAUAUCGGAUUCUUGUGAUUACACUAGAAACGUUGUCUGUAAAGAUAAGAAAACUUCUGAUACAACAGCAGCAACAACAACAACAACUACGCCCAAACCAAUAAAAUCUGGAAUAAAAACCACUACAACUACAACUACCACAUCUACAACUCAAACUCCAGAAGUAGAAGAUGACAGUGAAGACGAGUUUGAAGAAGAAGAAGAUCCUAAAGAAAUAAAACAAUUGAUCACUUUAAUUAAGAAAUUAGGUGGUGUAGCAGAGUUGGAAAAACAACUUAAUAUUAAGGAUGGGUCAACUGAAGUGACAACUCCAGCAAUAAGCAAAUCUCUUUACAAUAAAGUUUUGAAAUUACCUUCCAAUAGGUUCCAGUCCUCGUACAUAAAUGGACCUGGUCCCCAAAGUGAAGGGUUAGAUAAAAAAGAUGACAAUAUAGACUAUAAGAAAGACAAACCUCAAUAUGUCACAAUUAGACGUCAAAGGCCUUCUAAAGAUGUAAUUGAUAACACCCAAGAAUCAGAAGAAGAGGAUAUUCCAACUGAUGCAACUACUGAAAGAUUCAAGCCAACAUAUAAAACAGUCGAUAGAACCCGAUUCCGCGAUUUAGGAGAAGUAGCUGAUGAAAAUUCUGAAAGUGAUUCAUUGCCUAAGUAUACCACAAUUAGUCGGGCUAAAUCAACAGAAAAUAAUCCCGAAGAAACAACGAGUCCAAAAUAUGUUACUCUGCGUAGACAGAGACCAACUUACAAAGAAGAUGAAAUAAGUGAUGAAGAAAUCACUCCAGUUGCAGUAUCAUCUACUUCACAGGCACCAAGGUAUGUUUCAUUAUUAAGGCAAAGGAGUACAACCACUACAACAACACCCGAUGAUACAUUGAUCGAAACAACCACGAAAGACAAUGUCGAAGAACCAAGAGAGAAUAAAAACACCAAGGUGAGUGAUAUGACUUUAACAACAGAGUCUAGCAUAAUUACGACCAUCUUAUUCAAUACUGAACCAUUUACCGAGACAAUCACAACAACCGUAAACGUUCCCACAUUUACUACUGCAAAAAGUAGUGAAACUUCAAUAUUAAAUACUGAAAAAAUGAACGAUACGUCAAGUACAACCAAAGCCUCAGUUUCAAUUGAUAAAAAGAUCAGUAAUACUAUAAGUACUACAAAAGCUCCAACAUCGACUGUCACUAAUGUUAUUACAUCUAUAUAUGAAGCUGCUACAGAAAGGCAAAGAGUUCGUGUAAAAAAUAUUCAAAACUUUUUAUUGGAGCAUAAGAAAACUGAACCAGUUACCCAAUCUAUCACACACACUACAACUCCAUUAACUACUACUUUAUCGACAACAAUGGAAAAUAUAGCCAUAGUUGAAGAACCAACUCAGAAAUCAAUACUCAAAGGUCGAUUUGGAGGUCCAGUACAUUUCAGACCAACUCUAAGAAAGUUAAUAGGCAUUCCAGAAAACAAUGGAACAACAACAGAGAAAGUAAUUGAAACAACUACAGAAAAAAUAGUUGAAACAACUACAGAGAAAAAAAAUCGUUUAAAUAAAUAUAUUAACAGAUUUAUCAGACCAGCUAGUAAUUAUAGUACAGAAAGUAUAAGUACCACAAGUAAAAUAUUUGUUACAUCAACUACUGAAAGCACAUCAGAAUCAAGUACGAGGCAAAUUAAUAGAUUUAGACAAACUACUAGCAGUGCCACAGAUAAUCAACUACCAUUAACUAGAAAGUUUAUUUCUAGAUACAGACAAAGAACAACAGAGUUACCAGUAAUAAACAAUACAGAAGUACAAGAAGUACAAAGGUCACGAUUUUUUAGAAGCCGCAGACCAAUUUCUUCUACCACAACCACAACAGAAGAAACAAUAACAGAACUAUUAAAUGGUGAAGAAAAUGCAGAUAAUGUUCGUUAUGAAACGACAACAUACAACACUCCUACUACAAUGCAUGUCCCAACUACAAACUACGUCGAAGAGACUUCAAUAAAUGAUGAGGAAAUUAAAAUAACAACAGUCGAUAGUUUUGAGCCAAUAAAAUAUAGUACAACUGAAAUGACAAUACAGCCAAUCACUAAUAAAAUAACGAAGUCUUUCAGAGGAUCAGUAAGAGCAAACGAUGGAUUUCAAGGUAAAAUUGAUAAACCACGAUCUCCGUCACUGGGCAGACAAAAUUCAAGAUUUUUAAAAGAAGAACAAAAAAUAUUAUUUAUUAAAGUUAUACCUUCGCCAGAUGGCCGAUCUCAAAAUGAGUUUACAUCAAAUCCUGUCAAAAAUGUAACUAGAAAUAGGGGUAGAGUCAGAGCAUAUGAUUCUCUAGAACUUAACACUCUGACCGAUGAGUCGACAAAUGAUGACCGACCAAAUGAGCUGUUCAGAGGAAGUGAAACAAAAUUCAGACCAACCACUUCUACCACCACUGAAUCGACAGAAGAGAUUCAAAAAGAUAGAAUUCGUACACGAAUUACAAGACCAGUUCAACGUUCAACGACAACAACUACUACUACCGAAGAAUCACCUCCAAGUUCAUCUGCAACAGAAUCAUAUUCGUCAAAAGUAAAUAGAAGGAGAAAAUUUAGGCCCGAAUAUACAACUACUUCAACUUCAAGCUACGAAGAAGAAAUAACUACACCGAAAACUCGAAAUCCUGAACGAAGAUUUAGAAGCCGAACACCAUUAUUGAAAAAUACAAUAACUACAAGUACAACACCAGAAACUUUAGACGACAGUGAUCGGGAAUUCUUCAGUACGUCAGCACAACCAUAUUUCGACGAUUCGAGUCUUUUUGCGAAGACCCGAGAUGAUCGUAAAAUUGGCGGAUCAACAGAAGACCUGGCCAAUACAGCUGUAGUUGCCAUACAUACACUCGCUACGGCGCCUCCAUCAAAUUACGAAUUCAGACCUUCUACGCACAGUCCGCAGCAGAACGUUUUUCGUGAAACCACUCAGAACCACGAAUAUUACGAGCCACAAGCACCACAACAUUCUGUAGACGCGUUCAACGGCGUCCAGCAGGCUCGACUGCCGGUGCAGUCACUGAGACAAUCGGCGCAACCUCAACUGCCUCCGCCGCCGCCGCCACCAUCCAUCAAGCUACCCGCGGCCUCGUUCCAGCCGGCACCUUUCCAGCCUUCUCCGUUCCAGGCGGGUCCCUUCCAGCCGGUCCCGUAUCCCGGACUACCGUUCCAGACGAACAACGCGUUCGCGCCAGUCGCGAGACAAUCGCCCACGACCGCCCUGCCGCCGGCCACCUCUCGGCAAACGUUCAUAUUGCGAAGAGGUCCGUCGAGGACCACGCCGCUGGGAACAGCCGCGACGUCCGCGCCGCCGCAGUACCUGAACGACAACACGCAGGAACAGUACGCCGACUAUUCGGAACCGGAACAGGCGUCCGACUCUAGCGAACAGCGGGUGGCUCUCAAGGGCAAGGUCCGCAUACACGGGGACGGGUACAUCGAGUGUCUGGACAUGGGCAGUUUCCCGCAUCCGUUCUCGUGCCAGAAAUUCAUAUCCUGCGCCAAGACGGAAUACGGAGCGCUGUUCGGGUGGGAGUACACGUGCCCCAAGGGACUGUCGUUCGACCAAGUGGGCGGCAUUUGCAACUGGUCGUCCGGGCCUGCAGUGUGCAAUAACUGAUAUAACCUGCAGGUGUACGCUUCGCGAUAGCACAAACAAAACCGAAAAGCGAAAACAAAAACAGACAAAACAAAAUUCCUAGUCUCUUUCUCUCUCUAUCUCUGUUCCUCUUUCUCUACAUCUACCCCCCCCCCCCCUUAUCUCUAUCUUCCUUUCAAUCUCUAUCUCCCGACGUAUGAUUUUUCGUUACGUUUAAACGCUGAAUGUUAUUUUCUGCAGGGCCAGUUUUUGAUAGAGAAUCCAACUCG